AAUAAAAUGCAGUUCACACCAGAAAGAGACACGGGCUACUAGUACGUAUUUGUAUGUAGUUCCAGUGCUUUCCCUUUAUACGACGAUGGGUUCAAUUUCGGUGCAACUUUAGUAGUGCUUGCUGUUGCUGCGUCCACUUCUCACAGCUCCCCACUACUCUCUCUCUCUCCCCUCUCUCCACCUCCUCCUCUCUCUCUCUCUCCAUCCCUCCCUCUCUCUCUCUCUCUCUCUCUCUCUCCCCUCUCUCCUCUCUCUCUCUCUCUCUCUCUCUCACUCUCUCUUCAUCACACUAAUGGCCUUGUUCAACGUCUUAUGCCCUCAUUCUCCAAACGUAUGGAGUGCAACUGGAGUCUCCAAGUGUUUCGAUGAUUUGUUUUUGGGUCUCGGAGUUAAUUUAAUAUCUGUGAUUUUAGUUGCUGCACUCGCAAUUACAAAAAGGAAUGCCAGAGCAAAUAUAAGGAUCAAUCCGGCAGAGAGGAUUCCCUUUCAAGUUCUUCCUGUAAUUGGGGCACUAGUGGCAUGCAUUGACAUUGGUUUUCUUUUGAGGACUACAUUGAAUGGUUAUCCAGUUAUGUAUCAUAAGUGGCUCUUAAGAUUAUCUCAGCUAUUAUUUUGGGUUACUAUUCUACUCGUCUCGAAGUGUAAGUUUUGGUUUAUUGUCUUCUCUGACUGGCUUAUGUGCAUUUGGUGGAUCGUCAAGGCAUGUUGUUGGGUGCCUCAUCUGCAAGCAAUCUUUUAUUCUUUGGAGGCUGUAACAUGUCUAAAAGAGAGCCUACGGUUGCUGCUGGAAGUCAUGUUUGGAAUCUCAAUUAUACUUAUCAAAAUGAAACGGGCAUCUCUAAAGAGCAGUUUAGGUGAGGAUCUACUUCUAUCACAUGAAUUGGACAUUGAAAAUGGUCAGCAACUCGAUCAUGAAAAGGCUCAGAACAUCUGGCAAUUAAUGUCAUUUGAAAUUAUAUCUUCUGUGCUGCAACGUGGGGCUGGGAAGCAACUUGACUUUGAAGACCUGCUUGAGCUACCUGCUGACAUGGAUCCUUUGUCCUGUCAUCUGAUGCUGUUAAGUUGUUGGGAAAGGCAGAGAAAAACCGGUCACCCCUCACUAUUUAGAGCAUUCUGUUCAGCAUAUGGAUGGUCUUAUAUUAGUCUUGGUCUUCUAAAGAUACUUAAUGAUUGUCUCGGUUUUGGGGGACCUUUGCUUCUCAAUAAGCUUAUUCGGUUUCUUCAAGAAGGUGGUGAAAAUUUCGAUGGCUAUAUAUUCGCAAUAUCUUUAGGCCUCACAUCUAUAUUGAAAUCCUUCCUUGAUACUCAAUACACUUUUCACCUUUCCAAACUAAAACUGAAGCUACGCUCGAGUAUUAUGGCUACUAUUUUUCGCAAGUGCCUAUGUGUUAGCUUAGCGGAAAGGUCAAAAUUUUCUGAAGGUGAAAUUCAGACCUACAUGUCUGUUGACGCUGAUAGAUCUGUCAACUUGUGCAACAGUCUUCAUGACAUGUGGAGCUUGCCCCUACAGAUUGGAGUUGCACUUUAUUUGCUUUAUACACAAGUGAAGUUUGCUUUUGUUUCAGGGAUUGCAAUAACUAUUUUGCUUAUACCAGUGAAUAAAUGGAUUGCUGAGGCAAUUGCAGAUGCUACUAGAAGUAUGAUGAAACAGAAGGAUGAACGGAUAAGAAGGACAGGAGAACUUUUGACAUAUAUUCGCACUUUAAAGAUGUAUGGCUGGGAGCUUCUGUUUUCUAGUUGGUUGAUCAAAACAAGAUCCUCUGAAGUGUCUUAUUUGUCAACAAGGAAGUAUUUGGAUGCGUGGUGCGUGUUUUUUUGGGCAACAACACCAACACUUUUCUCUUUUUGCACGUUUGGACUUUAUGCAUUAAUGGGAAAUCAACUUGAUGCUGCAACGGUCUUUACUUGUCUUGCGCUUUUCAAUAAUUUAAUCUCUCCGCUGAACUCAUUUCCAUGGGUCAUUAAUGGACUGAUUGACGCCACCAUAUCCACCGGUCGUCUAAGCAGGUUUCUUUGCUGUCCAGAGAUUGAAACUGCGACGUCUAGUGAUAAUUAUGCAUCAUCCUGCACAGAUGAGUAUCCAUGUGUAAGCUUUGAAGAUGUUGCUGUUGUCAUUAAUGAAGCAUGUUGUCUGUGGUGUAGCAAUGAUCAGGAGCAGUUGGUGAUGGAUCACGUGACUCUCUCUGUUCCAAAGGGUCACCUCAUUGCUGUUGUUGGGGAGGUAGGUUCAGGCAAAUCAUCCUUACUAAAUUCUAUUUUGCGAGAAACGAAAAUCAUCAAUGGAUUUGUGCAUACAAGUGGAUCUAUAGCCUAUGUACCACAGGUCCCAUGGAUUCUCUCUGGGAGCAUUCGUGAUAAUGUCAUUCUUGGGGAUGAAUAUGAUCCAAGAAGAUUAUCUGAUGUACUAGAGGCAUGUGCACUGGACAUUGAUGUGUUCCGAAUGACUGGAGGUGACUUGGCUUUUAUUGGUGAAAAAGGGCUCAACUUGUCAGGUGGGCAGAGAGCUCGUUUAGCUCUGGCCAGGGCUGUUUAUCAUGAUCCCGACAUAUAUCUGCUCGAUGAUGUCCUUAGUGCAGUUGAUGCUGAAGUUGCACAGUGGAUAAUAUCUAAUGCAAUUCUUGGUCCCUUAAUGAGCCAGAAGACACGUAUCCUAUGUACCCACAAUGCACAGGCAAUAUCCUCUGCAGAUACAGUUGUUUUAAUAGACAAAGGACGAGUAAGGCUGGUAGGAAGCCCAUCACAGUCCUCCGUUUCUUCAUAUAUUCCACCCUCCUUGCGAGAAGACUUAAGUAUUUCAUCGGAAGUUCAAAGUGAAGAUAAUGAUGUAGAUGCUCAAAAAAAGGUUCUUUUGGAGAGUGAUGAUAUUUGUGUCUCGGAGGAAGCCCCUUGCGCCAUUGAGGUUGAACAAAGGAAAGAAGGAAGGGUUGAAGUUGUCACCUACAAAAAUUAUGCAGUGUUCUGCGGUUGGUCUGUUACAAUCUUAACAUGCCUCUCAGCAAUAUUUAUGCAAGCAUCUCGUAAUGGGAAUGACCUUUGGUUGUCGUACUGGGUGGAUACAACAGGAGUUGAUAAACAAAAGGAUCGCACAUCCUUCUAUUUGGUUGUUUUAUGCAUAUUCUGUGUCAUGAAUUCCUCAUUUACAUUAGUGCGAGCAUUCUCAUUUGCAUUUGGUGGUCUACGUGCUGCUGUGCAAGUGCAUGACAGACUAUUAAAGAAUCUAGUCGAUGCACCUGUGCACUUUUUCGAUCAGACUCCAACCGGAAGAAUACUCAACAGGUUGUCUUCUGAUCUCUAUACAAUUGAUGACUCUCUUCCUUUCAUCCUUAACAUUCUCCUGGCGAAUUUUGUCGGCCUCCUAGGUAUAGCUAUCGUUCUCUCCUACACCCAGGUCAUGUUCUUACUUCUGUUACUGCCAUUUUGGUAUGUAUACAACAAAUUGCAGUUGUACUACAGGUCAACAUCAAGGGAAUUGAGAAGGCUAGAUAGUGUUGCACGUUCACCUAUUUAUGCCUCCUUUACUGAGAUCCUGAAUGGAUCAUCAACGAUAAGGGCAUUCAAAACUGAGGAUUUUUUCUUUGCCAGAUUUACUGAGAAUGUAAUAUUGUAUCAGCGUACUUCUUAUUCAGAGAUUAUAGCAAAUUUGUGGCUUUCACUGCGUCUGCAGAUAUUGGCAGCAGUUAUUGUCUGUUUCGUUGCUGUGAUGGCUGUUGUUGGAUCUCGUGGACAUCUUCUUAUCAGUUUCGGUAGCCCAGGGAAGGUAGGAUUGGCGCUCUCUUAUGCAGCUCCAGCUGUAUCUCUAUUAGGAAACUUCUUGACCAGCUUUACAGAAACGGAAAAGGAACUGGUUUCGGUGGAGAGGGUUCUUCAGUAUAUGGAUGUAGCAACAGAAGAACUACACGAGUGCCAGCUUCUCGAUACAGAGUGGCCUUUGCAUGGAAACAUUGAAUUUCAGAAUGUGACUCUCAAGUAUAGGCCUUCGUUACCUGCUGCAUUGUGCGAUCUUACUUGUACUUUUGCUGGGGGAACACAGACUGGAAUUGUGGGCAGAACAGGUGCUGGAAAGUCUAGCAUUUUAAAUGUGUUAUUUCGCCUUAACCCACUCUCUGGAGGUUGCAUUUUGGUGGAUGGAAUAAAUAUAGCUAAAACUUCAUUAAGAGACCUUCGUACACGUUUCUCUGUUGUUCCGCAAACUCCAUUCCUUUUUGAAGGAUCAUUAAGGGACAACCUGGAUCCGUUCCGGGUGAACGAUGACCUGAAAAUUUGGGAUGCCCUAGCAAAGUGCCAGAUUGAAGAUGAAGUUAGAGCCAUGGGAGGACUUGACAUGCAUGUAAAAGAAUCUGGAGCUUCAUUCUCUGUUGGGCAACGACAACUCUUGUGCCUUGCACGCGCAUUUCUCAAGUCGUCUAAGGUACUGUGUUUGGAUGAAUGUACAGCCAAUGUGGAUACUUCAACGGCUUUAAAGCUGCAGAAUGCCAUAACUAGCAAAUGCAGAGGCAUCACAGUGAUCACAAUUGCUCACCGCAUUUCCACAGUGCUGAACAUGGAUACUAUCUUUAUUCUUGAUCAAGGGUCACUGGUUGAACAAGGAAAUCCACAUGUUCUUUUACAGGAUAAGAUGAGUCGGUUCUCGAGUUUUGUUGAGGCUUCUACGAGUAACUAACUAAAAGGUGCUAUUAACAGGGAUUAACCUUAUCUAAUAAUGUAAUGUAGUGUUUGGUUAAAUCAUCAAAUGAGGUUAGCGUUAUAUUAGCAGAGUACCAUAGUAUUUAGCUUAAACUGAAAAGGAAGCCAAACUACUAUCUGAGUUAAGUUCAGAGCUACACAGUUUCGGUGAAUUAUGUUCAUGUUCUAAACUAACAAGGAAUUAUCAGGUUACUAUAACAAACUGCAGAAAUCGGCUUACCUACUCUCUGCAUUAAAUAGAACAACUCCAUUCAGACUUUAUUAUC